CAUCACUCCUUUCCUAGCCUCAGCCCUUCCUCUCUCACCGCUGCUGCCACUGAGUACCCUCUGCGCCUCUCUCGUUCGCGUUUCCUCUCCUCCGCCAACGCGAAGUAGGAAGCGUUCUGCCGUCUUCUAAAGACUCAAUAUAAAACAUGGCAGAUUCCGAGGAUAUUCAACCUCUUGUUUGUGACAAUGGUACUGGUAUGGUUAAGGCUGGCUUUGCAGGGGAUGAUGCUCCAAGGGCUGUGUUCCCUAGUAUUGUUGGUCGACCAAGGCACACUGGUGUUAUGGUUGGAAUGGGGCAGAAGGAUGCAUAUGUUGGUGAUGAGGCACAAUCCAAGAGGGGUAUCCUCACACUGAAAUACCCUAUUGAGCAUGGUAUUGUUAGUAACUGGGAUGAUAUGGAAAAGAUAUGGCAUCAUACCUUUUACAAUGAGCUCCGUGUAGCUCCUGAAGAACAUCCCGUUCUCCUAACUGAAGCCCCUCUCAACCCCAAGGCUAACAGGGAGAAGAUGACACAGAUCAUGUUUGAAACUUUUAAUGUUCCAGCCAUGUAUGUUGCCAUACAAGCUGUGCUUUCCCUUUAUGCAAGUGGCCGUACCACAGGUAUUGUGCUGGAUUCCGGUGAUGGAGUUAGUCAUACGGUCCCUAUUUAUGAGGGUUAUGCACUUCCCCAUGCCAUCCUCCGACUUGAUCUUGCUGGUCGUGAUUUAACUGAUUGUUUGAUGAAGAUUUUGACUGAGAGGGGGUACUCCUUUACCACAACUGCUGAACGGGAAAUUGUUCGUGAUAUAAAGGAGAAGCUUGCCUAUGUGGCUCUUGAUUAUGAACAGGAGCUUGAGACUGCAAAGAGCAGCUCGUCAAUUGAGAAGAGCUAUGAGCUGCCUGAUGGUCAGGUCAUCACAAUUGGAGCAGAGCGUUUCCGCUGCCCAGAGGUGCUAUUCCAACCUUCACUCAUAGGGAUGGAAGCUGCUGGAAUUCAUGAGACCACCUAUAACUCAAUCAUGAAGUGUGAUGUAGAUAUCAGGAAAGAUUUGUAUGGAAAUAUUGUCCUUAGUGGUGGGUCGACCAUGUUUCCUGGCAUUGCUGAUCGUAUGAGCAAGGAAAUCACAGCUCUAGCACCGAGCAGCAUGAAGAUCAAGGUGGUGGCACCACCUGAAAGGAAGUACAGUGUCUGGAUUGGAGGAUCCAUCCUGGCCUCCCUGAGCACCUUCCAGCAGAUGUGGAUAUCAAAGGGAGAAUACGACGAGUCUGGGCCAUCUAUUGUUCACAGGAAGUGCUUCUAGAAUAGAAGGGCUCUUUUUUUAUUAUUUUUCCCCGUUUUGCUUGUGUUUUUGUAUUUUCUGGUUUAAGUUACCUGGUUGUCGAACGCCGGAUCGAUCCUUAUGGUUUGGUUGUUAUUGUGUUUGAUAUUUUUUCUUCACAAGUAACUUAUAUGUUUUGGCCUCUACAAAAUUACUAGAUGUAUGUGUUUGUGAUUAUAUAUGUAGUUUGAAUUUUAAUUGCCAUAGUCGUGUUGCUUCCUA